AUUUAGUGCGGGCAAGACAGUUUCCCCUGUCAGAAGUUUUGUCCUCCGCCCAGCAGUAAACAACUUCCAACACAGGAGAAGUGCCAGGAAAGACGCUUGGCUCCCGGGGAGGCCGCCCGCGCUAGGUUUAUUUGCUCCUCCGCACAGUGAGUUCGGAAGACCUUGAUUACUUUGUAACAGAAGUGUGCCAGUUAUUUCUCCGCAUCAGACUCUGCCUCUGGGCUGUCUCUCCCGUUCCAGAGCCACGGUACCAGAAUAUUUAAAUCACUGUGGCGUUAAAUACGUUUUAAUAUCUGAUAGGGCCAGUUUCUGCGCAUUGCACUUUUUUUUUUUCCUUUCAGGAACGUGUUCGGGCCCGCGGCAGGGGGCGGGGUCGCGCCUCCGCCUCGGCUCUGGUUCCAGCCGAGCCUCACUGACGCCGAGAUGGAAAUCCCGAGGCUGCUCCCCGCUCGCGGGACACCACAGGGCGGCGGCGGCGGCUGCUGCCCCGCGGGUGGCGGCGGGGUCCACCGAGCCCCGGACUCUCUGGCUUGUCAGGCCCCCACGCGCCGCCUCCUACUGCUCCGGGGGGCCCAAGAUGGCGGGCCGGGGCCGCGGAGCGCAGAGGCCCAGAGGGCCUCACGGGGCCUGGGCCCGAGCCCCAGCACGAACCGGUUGGCGCCGAGGCCGGAUCACCCGAGCCGCGACGGCGGCGGCGGCGGCGGCGGUGGCGGCGGCGGCGGCGUCGGCGGCGGAGGAGGAGGAGGAGGAGAAGGAGGAGGCGGAGGCGGAGGCGGCGGCGGCGGCGGCGGCAGCGGCAGCGGCAGCGACGACUUCUUCCUGUUGCUGCUUGACCCGGUGGGUGGCGAUGUAGAAACAGUGGGCUCGGAGCAGGCCGGAGGGCCGGCGUGGAGGGAGGAGGCCGAGGCAGGCCCGGGGCCCGAGCGGCGGCGCGAGAGCGGCGCGAACCCCGCGGGGCGGUCCGAGCCGGGCCCCCGCUGCCUGCCGGCCGUCCCGGCUCCGUCCCCGCUCCCCGCGGCGGGCCCGGGCCCGGGCCCGGCGGCGGCCUUCGCGGGCACCAUCACUAUCCACAACCAGGACUUGCUGCUGCGCUUCGAGAACGGCGUCCUCACCCUGACCACGCCCCCGCUGCCGGCCUGGGAGCCGGGGGUCGCGCCUUUCCCGCAGCCGCAGCCGCCGCCGCCCGGGGGACUGAUCGCCCCGCAGGCCGGCUUUCCGCCCGCCGCCGCGGCGCAGCUGGGCGACUGCCCCGAGCUGCCACCGGACCUCCUGCUGGCGGAGCCGGCGGAACCGGCGCCCGCCCCGGCGCCUCCGGAGGAGGAGGCCGAGGCCCCGGCCGCCGCCCAGAGCCCCCGCGGGCCUCUGGUCCCGGGCCCGGGCGUGGUGCUGUACCUGUGCCCGGAGGCGCAGUGCGGACAGACCUUCGCCAAGAAGCACCAGCUGAAGGUGCACCUGCUGACACACAGCAGCAGCCAGGGCCAGCGGCCCUUCAAGUGCCCCCUGAGCGGCUGCGGCUGGACCUUCACCACGUCUUACAAGCUCAAGAGACACCUGCAGUCGCACGACAAGCUGCGGCCAUUUGGCUGCCCGGUGGAGGGCUGUGGCAAGAGCUUCACCACCGUGUACAACCUCAAAGCGCACAUGAAGGGGCACGAGCAGGAGAACUCCUUCAAAUGCGAGGUGUGCGAGGAGAGCUUCCCCACGCAGGCCAAGCUCAGCACCCACCAGCGCAGCCACUUCGAGCCCGAGAGGCCUUACCAGUGUGCGUUCUCUGGCUGCAAGAAGACGUUCAUUACUGUGAGUGCCCUCUUUUCUCAUAACCGCGCCCAUUUCAGGGAACAGGAACUCUUUGCCUGCUCCUUCCCUGGCUGCAGCAAGCAGUAUGACAAGGCUUGCAGGCUCAAGAUUCACCUGCGCAGCCACACGGGGGAGAGACCUUUCCUUUGUGACUUUGACGGCUGUGGCUGGAACUUCACCAGCAUGUCCAAGCUCUUAAGACACAAGAGGAAGCACGAGGACGACCGCAGGUUCACCUGUCCCGUGGAGGGCUGUGGCAAGUCCUUCACCAGGGCCGAACACCUGAAAGGCCACAGCAUCACCCACCUGGGCACGAAGCCUUUCGUGUGCCCCGUGGAAGGCUGCUGUGCCAGGUUCUCUGCCCGGAGCAGCCUCUACAUCCACUCCAAGAAGCACUUGCAGGACGUGGGCGCUUGGAAAAACCGUUGCCCGGUCUCCACCUGUAACAAGCUCUUCACGUCCAAGCACAGCAUGAAGACCCACAUGGCCAAGAGGCACAACCUCAGCCAGGACCUCCUGGCCCAGCUGGAAGCCGCCAACUCCCUGACACCCAGCAGCGAGCUCACCAGCCAGGGGCCGAACGAUCUCGGCGGUGCAGAGCUGGUGUCUCUCUUCUCCGACGUGCCUGGCCACGGUUCUGCUGCGGUGCUGGACACGGCCUUGGUCAAUUCUGGGAUCUUGACUAUUGACGUGGCCUCUGUGAACUCGACUCUCGCGGGAGGUCUCCCUGCCGAUAGUAAUAACCACUCCUUAGGGCAAGCGGUGGACCCCCGGGCCCUCAGGGCCCCCAGUGACCUUCCCCAGAGUCUGGAUACCUCUCUCUUCUUCAGAACCUCGGUGGCUGGUUAUCAGCAGAGCCCCUUAGACGUGGACGAUGUCUCCGGCGGAAACGUGGGGCUCUUUGGCUCCUUGGCUCUGAAAAACUCAAGCCUGGAGCCCCAGGUUUUGACGCCCAGCAAUAAGUUAACCGUGGACACGGAAGCUCUGACCCCCUCCAGCACCCUCUGUGAAAACAGUGUCUCGGAACUACUGACCCCUGCCAAAGCCGAUUGGAGCAUGCAUCCCGAGUCUGACUUCUUUGGGCACGAGGAAGAAACCCAGUUUGGAUUCUCCAAUCCCACAGGAAGCCAUGCCUCUCAGAAAGAAACAGAUCUGAUCACGGUGACUGGCGCCCCUUUUUUGAUAUGAACACACUCUGCCUGUGCCCUGCCGUGUGGCGGCUCACUUUUGUGACGCUCGAAUCUGACUGAGGAUGUUCGGGAUGGAGUGCUUACGUGCACUCGGUUCUUGCUGCCUCGCGAAGGAACGCAUCUGUGGACUUCAAAUUUAGAGAUUUUAAUUCUCAUCCCGAGUCUGGAACUGAUGAGUUCUGUGACCGUGAGCAAGUCUCUUAACCUAGCUGAGCCUUAAUUCAAUAUUUAUAAAAGUAGGCGUUUUGUCUAGAUUGUUUCUGUUUCCUUUUCAACUGUAUUUCCAUUAUUUGUACUCCUUUGGCGUAACUUUUUAGAGUAUUUUAUAGUGGUUCCAUGAUUCUAAUGUAAUGAAAAGGGAUUUGAUCCCUUUGAACAUUAAAUGAUUAGUGAUAGAUGAACUGGUUGGUGGUUUUAACUUUUAAUAUGAAUCUUACCUCAUUUCUAUAAUAUCCUUAAUAUUAGUAGAGUGCAAAAAUGUGGAAUAUUAUUUGGGUGUUUGAUCUUUUGUCUGUCUUCUUGUGUUGUCUUUCUAUAGGAGGUUUUAAUUUUUGUUUUGGAAAAUGUCAGGGUUUUGAUAUAUUUACAAGCAUAUUCUAAAAUAUUGCCUCAUUAACAUUGAACAAGUGGCCUUAUAGUAGUCAUUUAGUCUUGCUGAGCCUUACUUUCCUAGCUUUACAGUGGUCAUAGAAAUGCACAUUAUUCUCAUGCAUUUUGAAUCUUUUUUAGGCUUGGGAUUGUUACUGAAGGGAAAAGACAUGUUUAGGCUUUUGUGAAUCAGUAGUUUUCCUGCCUCCGUAUUUCCCCUCUUAAAGUCUUAGACAACAAAAGUUAGCAAAUGUUUAUGUCAUAGUUUUGCAGCCAGUGAAAGUUUAUGAGCAUUAAGUAUACAUGGGCUUUUGUUCCUGCCACAGGCUGUGGAGAACUUUCUCUACAGAGUUCUCAUUUAACAUUGCUCACAGUUCUGUUUGUCCAGUUUACUAGUGUCUGCUCUGAAUCAAAGCCAGCUCUUGGCCUGAUUCUACUAAUUCAAUAAAAUUUGGGAAUGGACCAGAAGGGAAUGUUCAUUUCUCUGUCCUGGGGCCCUCAUUCCUAGCCCUCUCUGGAAUAAGAGGCUUACUGUGCAUUUUGAAACACUGUUAAUUUUAACAUGAAUAUAGCAUUUUAUGAUUUAUAUAGACAUUUUGUAUCUAAUAUAUUUGAUCAUCAUCAUCUUGAUGAGAAAGUGUGAACUUCACCUGAUAUUAAAGCUUUCCUGACCUAUGACAAAUGGAGUUCACUUAGUAAAUAUAUUUGUAGUUCAAAUCAAGGAGGAAAUAUUUCUACCUCUCCCAUUCUGCUCUUCUGAAUUCCCUGGUCAUUUUGCUUAUGAGCAGUUCUUUUGUUCCUCCUAAGUAUGUACUAGUACCCUUAUGCUGUUGUGCUAAAACCCCCUUACUGCAGUCCCUAGUAUAUGCACCAGUCUGUGCCAUGCCUCUACCCAUUUCCCUAAUUAGACACUUCUUUGUGAUCACCCCUUUCUCACAUGAUCGAAUUUUAUUCAUAGUAAUUACUGCAGUCAGUGUAUGCACUGAGAAGGUAUUUUCUGAAUGCAGAUUACAAGUGUGUGUGUAGGAGUCAGAUGAUAAUGUGGUUAUUUUUUUCUAUGAGGUCUGACGACAAGCACCUCUCUAAAUUUGUUCACCAUGUUUUCUACUGGCAAAUAGUUGUUCUGAACCACUCAAAUUCAAUACUGUUUUCAUGAGGAUACUUGAGGAAAACAGUUUUUAUAGUACCUUGGCAAUAUAUAAUGUGCCACUUUGAAAUGCGUUCUAUACUAUAUAACUUUUAAAUUGGUUGAACCUAUUCAGUGAAAAGGUAAAAAGCAGACAAGAAUUUGUAAGUUAAAGAAGCAGUCAGAGUUUUAGUGUGUCCUGGCAUCAGGAGAUUAUUCUCUUAGCACUUUGAAAAGAUUUUAAGGACUAUCUUAGAAAUGCAUUUUCACAACAUUUCUCAUUUUAUUUUGCAAGGACUGCAAAGGCCUGAGGUAAACAUACUUCAUAAACAGUUAUUAAGAUAUAUAACCAUAAAGAUAUUUUAAAGUGUCACUGUGUUUUACAUUUCUUCCAAUUAAAGAUAAUAAUAAAAUAUUCCUACCUAUAGUCUGUAGAAUUUCCAAAGGAUAAAAUUUGCUUUCUUGAUGAUAAAAAGUCAUGUUAUCCUUAUGAUUUCUCUACAAACACUGCAUUUCUGUUCUUAACAUGAAUUUGACAUUUUUAAAAUGAUGAGUCAUGAGUUAGUUUUAUCUCGUUUGCCUUUUGUGUUUUUUAUUUCUUGAUUUAUUAAAAUUUGCCAAUUGAA